ACCAUUUUUUCGGCGUGUAGCCGGCUUCACCAUUUUGUCUGCAAAUUGUUUGGAAAAUUUAAAAAUAUUACCUUAAAAUGUCCAAGGCACAUCCCCCAGAGUUGAAAAAGUACAUGGACAAGCGCAUGAUGCUGAAACUCAAUGGCGGACGCGCUGUGACUGGUAUUCUGCGUGGAUUCGACCCCUUCAUGAACGUGGUGCUGGACGACACAAUUGAGGAGUGCAAAGACAAGACGAAGAACAACGUGGGCAUGGUGGUCAUCCGCGGCAACAGCAUUGUCCUGGUCGAGGCACUGGACAGGGUUUAGGGCCCGCCACUAUGCGGGCACCACCAAACCGUCGCCAGGCUGGCACUCCUUAGCUAUAAUUGCGUAGUUUUAAGGCUCCCCAACAAACAAACAACAACUGUAUACCUUCAGAAAAGCCACAAAAAAUCGUAAAUAAAUUAUAAUAUAAAAAAGGAA